AUGGAUUUAAUAAAAAUAUACAAGGAAAAUGAGAUAUUAAAUGACUAUAUAAAUAUAUAUUUUGAUGAUGAAAAUUUAAAAAAUAAUAACAAAAAUUUAACAUAUAAAAUUUCUCAUAUAAUUGGAAAUGGAGUAUAUGGUGUAGUGUACAAAGCUGACUGCCUUGAAAAUGGGAAUGUGGUAGCAUUAAAACAAACAUAUCAAAAAAGUGCAAAAUAUUUUAAAGAAAUUGAAAUUAUGAAAAAAUUAAAACAUCCAAAUAUUGUAAAACUAAAGCAUGCUUUUUAUACAUCAUGUCCUAAUGGUGGAAUAUAUGUACAUAUGGUUAUGGAAUAUGGAAAUACGGAUUUAGCUACUUCACUUUAUUAUAUAACUAUAAAAAAUUCUGAACAUGUUAAUAAAACUUAUAAAAAUAUAAAUAAUUCGAAAUAUAUUAAAAAUGACAAAGAUAAUAAUAUAAAAUUAAAGAAUGAUUGUACAAAUUUUAUUGAUUCGGAGGAAAACACAAAAUGUGUUAAUAACAAUAAUAUAAACUCAAUUAAUGAAUCAGAAAAUACGGAAAACCUCGAAAAAUUACAAAUGAACAAAUGUGAUGAAAAUUGCAUGAACAACACACAUGACCCCAAUUAUAAUAAUAUGAACAAGUCAGAAAAUAAAUGCAACGAAAAAAAUAUUGAUGAAAAUAGCUAUAAUAAUAGCGAAAAAGAAAUAAAUUCUUCAAAUAAUAAUAAUGUUAAAAGUGAAAACGAUUGUUUAAAUAAUUAUGGGAAUAUAAUAAACAAUUUUAACAUAAAUAUGUUACAAGAAAAUAUUAAUAAUAUAUGUUCUUGUCAUAAUUUAAGUGAUUAUAUUAAAAAAAGUUUUUUUAAUGAAAAUCAAGUUAAGAUAUAUUUGUAUCAGUUAAUUCGAGCAACAUUAUAUUUGCAUAGUCUUUGCAUUACACACAGAGAUAUAAAACCACAAAAUAUCUUAAUUUUUUUAAACAAACCCAAUGAUAAUCCUAAUAAUAGUCAUGAAAAUGAAAACCAAAAAAAUAAAAAAUGUGUAGUGUGUAUUCACAAUUCGGUUAAGUUUAAAUGUAUUAUGAAUAAAAGAAAUAUGAACAAGAAUUUGGAUGAAAAUAAUAAUGUGAAUGAAAAGAAUGCGAUAGUAAAUAACGAUUGUAAUAAUAAUGAGUAUGUAGUAAAUAAUUCGAAUGCACCAUUAAAUAAAGGUGGUGAAAAAUAUCACAAAAAUUAUAUUUCAAAUUUUAAUUCUAUUAAUGAAGAUAAUGAUAUAAAAAAAACAAAUAAAGAAAAUGGUUAUUAUAAUUGUUGUAGUACCCCUAUAUCUCUGUUAAGUGAAAAAAAAAAAAAUUCAACAAUUAAACAUGUUAGGGAAAAACGAUCAAUGAGUUUUAGUAAUACAUAUACAGAUAAAAAUAAUAAUAAUGAUCAUUCUGAUUAUGUAGAUAAUUCGAAUAAAAAUAAUUUAAAAAAAUCUUUAAAGAGAAGUAAAACUGAUUUGGUAGUUUCUUUUAAAGUGAAUCAAACAAAUACAUUUAGUAAUGAACAAAAAGAAACAUUACCUUUAUCAGAUGUGGAUAAAAAUUGUAUAGAUAGUUGUAAAGAUAUAAAAGAAAAAAAUGAAAUAACGAAUUUAGAUAAUGAUGAAUUAGAUAAUAUUUAUGAUGAAAAUAAUUUGGAUAAAAUAUAUAUGAACAGUGUUGUAUAUAAAUAUAUAAAAUUAUGUGAUUUCAAUACAUCUACAAAAUUAAAAGAAAAUUAUAAAUAUUUAAGUUAUGUAUGUUCAAGAUAUUAUAGAGCACCUGAAUUAUUAUUCGGAUCAAAUUAUUAUAGUCAUGCCAUUGAUACAUGGUCGAUAGGAUGUGUAAUGGGAGAGUUGAUAUUGGGAAAACCCUUAUUUCUCGGAGAUUGCGCAUCGGAUCAAUUAGUGGAAAUUAUAAAAAUAUUAGGAACGCCAAAUGAUGAAGAUUUUCUUUCAUUUCGAAGUGUAUAUAAGAAUGUAAAAUUUCCAAAUAUAAAACCAAUUACAUUAAAUAAAUUAAUAAGUAAUAAUUCUUCUAAAGAAAGCAUAGAUUUAUUAGAUAAGUUAUUACAAUUUAAUCCAAAAAAAAGGAUAAAAUUAUGUAGUGCAUUAUUACAUAAUUAUUUUGAUGAUAUUCGAAAUUUUAAAGUUUUUAAUACUAAUACUGGUUCGGAUAAAACUAACUAUACAUUGCCAUAUAUUACAAAUUGCUUUAAUUUUACAAAAGAAGAAUUAUUACAUUAUACUGUUGAGGAAAGAAAAAUAUUAAUACCCUCCGAAAUAAGGAAACAUAAACUAGGUGAAGUAACGCAAUAUAUAGAUAUGACAUUAGAUCAUUUUAAUCAAUUAUAUCCAAACAAAGUUAAUUUGGCCGGGUAA